CUACUUUGGCCAGCCCUAUCAACACCUGGAAUACAGCUCAUUCCUGAAGCUCUUUGAAGAGGAGGGCACUUUGCUGAGACUAGACACGAGCUGAGGCAGAGGAGAAAAGUGCAGAGCAGAGCCAUGAAGAUUAUCUUGGAUCUCCUUCUGCUUCUGCUCAUCAUCAUUUAUUCCUACUUGGAAUCUCUGGUGAAGGUCUUCAUUCCCAGGAGGAGAAAAUCUGUGGCUGGGGAGAUUGUUCUCAUUACAGGAGCCGGGCAUGGAAUAGGCAGGCAGACCGCCUAUGAAUUUGCAAAACGGAAGAGCAGACUGGUUCUGUGGGAUAUUAAUAAGCAUGGUGUUGAGGAAACUGCAGCAGAAUGCAGAAAACUAGGGGCCACUACACACGUGUUUGUGGUAGACUGCAGUAACAGAGAAGAGAUUUAUAGCUCCGUAAACCAGGUAAAGAAAGAAGUUGGUGAUGUAACCAUCGUGGUGAAUAAUGCUGGGGCAAUAUAUCCAGCUGACCUUCUUAGUACAAAGGAUGAGGAGAUCACCAAAACUUUUGAGGUCAACAUCUUAGGACAUUUUUGGAUCACAAAAGCACUUCUUCCAUCAAUGAUAAGGAGAAACCAUGGCCACAUUGUCACAGUGGCUUCAGUGUGCGGUCACGGAGUGAUUCCUUAUCUUAUUCCGUAUUGUUCCAGCAAAUUUGCUGCUGUUGGUUUCCACCGAGCCCUGACAUCAGAACUUGAAGCCUUGGGAAAAACUGGUAUCAAAACUUCAUGUCUCUGCCCAGUUUUUGUGAAUACCGGGUUCACCAAAAACCCAAGUACAAGAAUAUGGCCUGUGUUGGAGACAGACGAAGUUGUAAGAAGCUUGAUAGAUGGAAUACUUACUGAUAAGAAAAUGAUUUUUGUUCCAUCAUAUAUCAAUAUCUCCUUAACAAUAGAGAGAUUUCUUCCUGAACGUGCCGUGGCAGCCAUAAAUCAUGUACAGGAUAUUCAAUUUGAAGCAGUGAUUGGCCACAAAAUCAAAAUGAAAUGAAUAAAUGAGCUCCAGGCCGAGAUGUAUGCACCUUAAUGAUGUGGAACUGAAUUUAGAGUCAAUGCUUCAAAGCUCUAUAUCACAUUUUUCAAAGCUGUUAAUAUUAAAAAACAUUUGUUUGGCAUUAGCAGUGGUCGAAUGAACAAGACUAAUCACCUGUCUUUCUAUUUCUCAAGAUUAUGCAUGCAGUUUCAAUAGAUCCAUUUUUAAUUCUA